AUGCAGAGCAGCAACGAGAGGAGCUGGGUGGAGCUGAGGUGCACCCAGCAAGAAGGGGGCACCCCUGGAAACCGAUGGCUCGCAGCCCGCUCCCAGGCUGGAACAUGCACUCUAUGGAACUCUUCCACCGAGGUUGCAACGGAGGUGCGCGAUGCGGCGCAGUGCGGUUUCGUGCAGUCGUCAGAACUGUUGUGUGUGCUGACAGGAGAUGGAUGCGUAAUGCUGGUCAACACGCAAGAUGGCCGCAUCAUCGACUCCAUCGCCGUGCCCGCUGCAGCAGCAGACACACCCCAGUCCACAACUGACACAAGCUCGCUGCUUCUCACGGACGACAGGACGCAGGACGUCAUUGUGCUGCACACCCGGCAUCGCCCAACCACACUGCGCCUGGAACCUGGGGCUGACGCCAGCACGUUUCAUCACAGCCACUCCCCGGCCGCCAAGACCUUGCCUGCAGGCAAUCUUAUUGGCCUCACCACGUUCUCCCGCCCGCUCUCCUUCCAGAGCACUAAUGCGCCUCGCCCCUUGUCCCUCAUCCAACCAGCCAGCUCGGUGCCACAGCUCGCCAAGACGCAACAGUGCCCGCCGUCCCAGGAUGAACCUGAUUGGCUGUUCAGCAAUACAACAGCCGCCACAAUCUCGCAGCCGCAACCAAUUCAACAACAACAACAACAACAACAACAACAACAACAACAACAACAACAACAACAACAACAACAACAACAACCUGAUGGUAGGUCGCCGCUGUCCUCGACUACAGCAUCCAGGCACAACAGCAACAGCAGGUACGGCCAGCAAGCAGAAGGACAGACGAAAGCGCAAGGGGCCCCCUUACAGCCGCGCCGCGCACACGCGUACCUGACACUGGCGAAGCAACACGCUGCCUCCCGGCACACGAAGCAAGUGGCGACUGACCUCGAUGACAUCCUCACAGCGGGCGUGCUGCUCCCGCUGCUGUACGCAUACGCCGCUGUGGGUGGGAAGCUGGCGACCCUGCAUGACCUGGACACGGGCCACGUGACGGCGCGCAUCAAGCUGAAGGCCGACGCCACAUGUUGCAGUGCUGCCUAUGACGCCAACAGCACAGUUGCAGUCGGUGACAGCCAUGGCCGCAUGUACAUCUGGCACGUUGGCUCUGGUCCCAAGAGGCAGCGCAAGCAAAACGUGCAAACAGUGCAUGGGAGCGACACAGGCGUGGCUGUGACCGCCAUGUCGCUGAGCGCCGACGCCGGCCUGCUUGCUGCCGGCUUCACAGACCAAGCCGUGCGCGUGUGGAACACGCAAAGUCUUGCCUUGCUCAAGGUUCUGACGGGACACACGGAUGUGGUGACUGGCGUUGUGCUUUGGCGCGCACCACCGGCUGAUGCCCUCGUGGACAAUAAUAACAAUGUUCAGGGUGACGACAUGGUGGCCACGUGCAGCACUGACGGUACACUGCGCAUGUGGGAUUUGCAGCGUGGCGUAGAGGUGCAGUCGUUGGCAGCUGGCACAGACACCAGCAACCACCGUUCUCAUGUGCUUGAGGGUGAGAGCGAGGGCUGUGAGCAGGACAGCAGUCGGGGUCGUGCCGUGGACGGGCUUGGCGGCCGAAACGCCGGGCGAACACACGACGACGCUGUGCUUGCAUGCACGUUCAUGCAACAGCGCGGUGAUGACGCCGUGCUGCUUGCCACGUGUUCGGCCGAUGCAACGGUGCGCCUGUGGAGUGACGAUGGUGUGUUUGUUGGGCAGCUGCUGGGGCACCAAGACGCCGUGACCUCAGCCACCUUUGCAGCAAGCAAUGAGCUGCUCAUCACUGCCUCCGUGGACCGAACUGUGUGCGCCUGGCAUGUGCCGACCCGCCGGCUUGCCUGCAAGCACAGGAUGCCGGCCCCAAUCACUGCCAUUGCGCUUGCAAGCACGGCGAAGCUGGGCAAACGCAGCCACUCCCUUCUCGCGGCCAUUAGCAACAACGCCUGCCACCUCCUCACCGUCUCUGCCACGGGCUCCCUCAACACCAUCUCUCGGCUGGACAUGGUGACCACGCUUCGCGCUGUCGCCUGGCGCCCGGAUCGAAAGUAUCUCGCCCUGGGCGGAAACGACGGCGCAGCACACAUCAUCUCCAUCUCCAAAGCAUCUACCAUGCGACGCUGUGCCGUCCUCGAUUGCAUGCAUGCACGUGUCACCGCCGUGGCCUGGCAUCCGCGCCAACACACCACGGUGGCCACAGGAUCCGGCGACCACAUCGUGCGCGUGUGGCUUCUUCCCCGCAAAUUGUCCACCUCAGCAACAGCAGCAGCAGCAACAACAACAACAACAGCAGCAGCGUGCGUACCAACGCUUGAUGGGCGUAACAACGGUAUGCAGCGGCAACAAGAAGGAAAGCGCAGCGCCAACAGUGGGUCGUCAACAGCUCGAAAACGGCGGCAGCAGCAGCACUUCAAUACUGUGUGCCUUCAAGGCCACACAAGCGCCAUCAAGGCAGUGGCCUUUGAUGUCAGCGGUAACCGCCUCUUCAGCGCCGGAGAGGACGCACGUGUUUGCGUGUGGAGCAUGGCAGACUACACAUGCCAACAUCACGUCACCGCACAUGCUGGUUUCGUUCUGUCACUGGCUGUGCAUCCCUCUCGCCCCAUUCUCGCGACUGCGGCAAGCGACGACAUGGCGUGCCUCUGGUCAUUUACAACAACAGCGCCAGCGCACAUACACGCGCUGGCAUCGCUGCACGCACCUUGGACACGCAACCUGCCUCCAGCACGACAGCACGUGCAGCUCCUGGACUCCCCCGCCAAGUCGUGCUGCAUCAUCCCAUCUUCGCGUACACCGUCAACCAACACCACCAGCACCGCUGCUGCCGUGGCCCACCCUGACGGAACCAUCAGCGUCGUGUCUGUGCAUGCAGCGUGCCAGGCCCUCCGCUUCGGCACGCGCAAUCACCCGGCACCUAUUGUCGCCAUGCACUGCCUUGCACCGCCAGACACGCUGACAAUGUACCACAACAGUACCGAUGCGAGUGGUGUCGGCGAUCCUUCCGCAUAUCCACAGCGCCGUGGCCUGACUUCAACCCCUUCCUCAGUGCGCCCUGCGAUAAUGGCCGUUUGUUUCGAAGACGGGCAGGUCACUGUGGGCUCGCUCGGUGCUGGCUGCUGCGACAUGGGUGUGUACGACCUCAACACAGACGUCGAAUGCUGCUUCCUGGGCCACGUCACAGCACCCCACGUAACACAGAACCAGCACUCAGAUGUGUAUGGGCACAACAACAACAACAACAACAACAACAACAACAACAACAACAACAACAGCGCGAUUGUGUUUGCAGCGGCAGCAGACCACAGUAUUCACGUGUGCGUCCAGCUCCGCGAUGGAGACCUGGUCCCUAACCCCGAGACACACGCUUCUUCGGACCUGGUUCUUGGGCGCCAUCUUGACGUGGUUCGCUGCAUCGCCGGGUGCGUGCUGCCGCGGUCACAGGCGCGCACGCUCGGAUUGUGGGAAUGGGACCGCGCGUAUCUCUCCGUGUGCAACGCGGGCCAAGCCAAGCUGUGGUGGGUGAACACAGGAGCGAACACACACCGGCUUGUGUGGACAUCAUUUGCCCCAGGGCGGCUCACAGCAGCUGCGUUCGAUGGCACGGGCUCCCGCGCGUGUAUCGUCGGUGCUGACGGCUUCAUCGCCAUCCUGGACAACAUUUCCGGUGGUGGUGGUGGUGGUGGUAGUGGUGGUGGUGUAAAUGGAAACGGGGGAGCGGAGAUAGCCAACAACAUGUCUGGCGUGACAGGUGUUAUGCAAUCACCUGUUGCUGCUGCUGUCAAUGGUGUGGUUGAGCGCAGAUUCCAUGGUCACCACCACUCGCUGCGAGCAGUCGCCUGGUCGCCGCGCCAUAAUCGGGUGGUGGCUGGUGGGGAGGCGGGCAUUGUUCUUAUGUGGGAUGUACAGAGCGGUGCAUUGCUGUUCACGCUCCACGCACACCAAGACUGGGUCACAUCGUUGCGCUUUUCACACGACGGCACUGACCUGCUCUUCUCCACGGAUCGGGCUGGCUGCUGUGUUGGGUGGGAUCUCUCGUCCUGCGGUCUGCGCAGGUCAUUCACGCCAGCAGCAACUGUGCCUGCAGGCAAAACCGUCGCAUUCGCAGCGUUUGGUGGCGGAAGCAGUGCCGCCUCGUGUGCCGCCAACAACGAUGACGAGAACACCACGCAUAUCACCGGUGCUGACGCCAGUCAUGGCGACGGCGAUUUUGGUGCCGAUGGCUGUUACAUUCGACAAGGAGACCACGACCAUACGCUUGAACACGAGCAAGAAGAGGGCAGAGCUCGCUAUUUUACCUUUGACGAGUGUGCAACCUCUCCGUCACUGCUGGAUGAGACUGCUGUGCCUCACAGGGCCGCGCCCUUUACGUCUUGCUGUGCACUGCAAGGGUUUGGUGGCGACGUUGUUGUUGCGACCACCCACAAUGAGGUGCUCAUCAUCUCCGCCACGAGUGGGCACGUGCUGCAACGAAUGGAGCAACCGUGCGCUGGUGUCCCACGCGUGUGCGCGUGUACACCAAAUGGGCGCUGUGUGGCGGUUGGUAUUGAGCACAUGGUUGUUCUGUCGCAAAUCGGUGCUGAACCUGACUGCACAACGGCUGCACAUACCAGCCCACCUUCACUGCCCGUGAUUGUGGAGCUGCCGGGCCUCGUGCGCAGCAUUCACGUCAGUGCCGAUUCUAAAGGCCUUCUUGUCUGCACCAACACGGGGGCUGCCGUCCUCACGCUGACGACAACAAACAGCAGCAGCAGCAGUGGCGGUGGUGGUGGUGGUGGUGGUGGUGAGGGCGUUGGAGGAGGCGAGCCUGGGCUCGUGCGAUGGUACCGUGGGCACGCGGGACGGGUGGUGUGUGGCGCAUUCUCCCCAACAGGUCGCACCAUCGCCACAGGAGGCGGCGAUUUUGUCGUGCACAUCUGGGACUGGAGCACAGCAGGUGCUGGACAUGAUGAGCUGGAGAUUGUGUCGCCGCAACAAAUCCUGGUUGGACACACGCGCGCCGUCAAGUGCUUGAGCUGGAAAGAUGCAGAUCACCUUGCCAACGUUGCAGACCAGUAUCUUGUCACGGCUGGCAAGGACAAUCGCAUCGUGGUCUGGGACCAGUCCACGCUGGCUCCACUGCUCACCUUCCAGCAAGACCGGACUGAUGCAGCCACCGCCUUUGCCCUCACCCACAACGACACCCAGGUGGUGAGCGUGAGCCGAGAUGGCGUGGUGCGCGUGUGGGACAUUGACAGCGGGUUCGCUGCAUGGUGCAUGUCACGUGUAUUGGACACGUGUCAACAGACAACGCACGCGCUGCCGACACCCGUGCAAGCAGAAGUAGUUGCGCGGUGCAUGACAACGUCCUACCCGCUGUGCAUGGCGCGAACAAAGGGCAGCCAGCAGACACUGCUGCACCACGCCCUAGCGCACGUCAGCAGCGAUGCAAACGUUGACGUCGUCGUCGGCGGCCUCAUUGAACUGCCCCAGCGUCCACUCGCCCUCACGCCGCCACACCCUUCCGCCCCAGCUUCACUACGCCACCCCACCGCUGAGCACGCUCACCAAACCCCUCACCACACUUUCCUAUCGUCAUCAAUGGUAUCAUCGCCUCUGCUGUGGUCCAUUGAUCGCCACGAGCGGCGCGCCGUGCAAGCCAUCCUCUCCAACAUCAAGCACCAACCCACGUCAAGCACGCGCUUGGGCUGGACGGCUGCGCUGCUGCCGCUCGCCCAGACAUUUCCUCGGCUGCUGCCGCCUUUCCUGGACACUGUGGUGACAUGCAGCCCAGCCUUGCACUCCCACGCCACUGUCACCGUGGAGAGUGGCCUCGCAUUCACCGUUCUUCCCCACUGCAGCACGACGCAAGGCACUGCAUUGCACCGCACAGACAAUGGCAAUCUCGCCAGCAACAAGGGUGCUUGGAAGACCACAAACACGAACACGACCACGACCGCAUCAGCAGCACCCGUGAGCACGUUCGCUGUUGCACUGCCGAACCUCCACCGCCACCUUGACCUCCUCAGCUACUGUGCGCAGCAUGGACAGACGGACGUGUUUACGACAGCAGCGAUCCAGUGUGUGGUGCUUUGGCACUGGCACACGCGCGUUCGGCGCACCUUCCUGGCGCUCUUCGCGUUGCACAGCGUGUUUGCUGUUACCAUGCUGGCGUCCCUUGUCCACGUUGCGCGCGACGAUCUUACCUCGGACCGUCCAACGCUGCUGACGGCAACUCCGGGUCGCCUCACCACCACCACGCCGUCGUGGCAUGUGGUGGCUGGCUGGACUGCGCUUGGCCUGCUGGUGGUGCUGCUUGCUUUGCUUGCUGGGCCGUGGCUACUGCUUCACGGCGGCUGGCGGCGGCUCCAUGAGGGCUGGCGCACGCUUCUCCUGCUGUCCUAUGCGCUCAGUGCCGCCACGUUUGCCCUGCACGCGUUGCGACUGCCGGAGCAGUACGCGCUUGCCUCUGCCGCCGCGCUGUGCAUCCCCUUUGGCACCAUGUACUUCCUGCGCGGUUUCCGCAGCACGGGCGUGUUCAUGAAGAUGGUGGCCCGCAUGGUUGCACGCUUGCGCUCGUUCCUGCUCGUGCUUGUGCUUGGCAUUGCGGGCUUUGCUUUGGCCUUCUUCUGCGUCUAUCGUGCGCGUGCAGAAGGACACACGACCGUGCUGGCGUCCCUCCUCUCCGUCUUCAUGAUGCUGUUUGGCGAGAUGAACGUCAUCGUUGGCCUCGAAGGCCCCUUCAUCGACACCAACCAUCUGGACCGAACCACCGCAGUGAACAGCAGCAGCGGCGGCAGCAGCAGUGAUGGUGGCAGCGUGGCCACAGCGGCGGCGUCGCAUGCGCGCGAAACCUACCCCGAACUCCUGUGGCUGCAGCACGUGUACUUUGUUGGGUUUAUGCUGCUGGCUGUUGUCCUCCUCCUCAAUCUUCUCGUCGCGCUCAUGACCUCGGAGUACACGGCCGUCGAACAGCGCGCAGAGGCCGAGUGGUACCAGGAGCUGGCGCUACUGCACUGCGACUUUAAGCAUGUGACCACAAAAAGAACAAGGCAAAGGCAAAGGCAAAGGCAAGGGCACAAACAGGAGACCCGUGGUAAGAGGAACAACAACGACAACGACGUGGUGGAGUGGCUGCACGUGAGUGUUGCACGGUCACACGCACUGUUUGAUGCGCUGCAAACAACACUUGAGAUGGAGAGGAAGGAGCAAUGAUACCGGAGGGAGGGAGGGGUGAAGUUUGGUGGGUGUGUGAGAAGGAAUAAACCUUUAAGAG